UCUCGUCUGUUGAUCAGAUGCAUCGCACGCACUGGGUCGAGUGGGUCCAAAACUGCAACUACGGCCGGCUGCUAGGUUUCUCAAUCAAAGUCCCGUAUAUAACCUACUAUCUAUAGCCUAGGUGGCAUUCAUUUGAUGAAAUAGAGAGUUAAGAGAAGCAAGAAAAUGGUGAAUCCCGACAGUUUUUUGUUUAAAUACGGUUUGUCAGCUUGUGCUGCGACAGUAGCAGAAACAGUGACAUAUCCUUUGGAUAUCACAAAGACAAGAUUACAAAUCCAGGGGGAGGUUACGGCAGCAAAGCACUACAGGACAACAGACGCUAUUCCUUAUAGGGGCAUGGUUAGGACAGCAUUAGGAAUUGUUCAAGAAGAGGGUCUCUUCAAAUUGUGGCAAGGAGUCACUCCUGCAAUAUACAGACAUAUAGUUUAUACGGGCUGUCGUAUGGGUUCGUAUGAGUACAUUCGAGACAAGUUAUUUGGCAAGAAUCCAGACGGCACAUUUCCAGUAUGGAAAGCAGUGAUAUCAGGUUCUACAGCCGGAGCAUUGUCUCAGUUUGUGUCUAGUCCUACAGACCUUGUCAAGGUACAGAUGCAGACAGAAGGUCGUAGGAGACUAGAAGGAAAACCACCAAGGGUAAAUACAGCGUUUCAGUGUUUCCGUAAGAUCCUUCGUGAUGGUGGUAUUAGGGGCUUGUGGAAAGGAUGGGUGCCUAAUGUACAAAGAGCUGCAUUAGUCAAUAUGGGAGAUCUGACAACCUAUGACACUGUAAAGCAUCUUCUUCUCAAUCGUACAAGUCUAAGAGAUAACUAUAUCACGCAUGGUUUAUCGAGUAUAUGUUCCGGUCUUGUUGCUGCCAUAGUUAGUACUCCAGCUGAUGUUGUAAAGACGAGAAUAAUGAACCAGGGUUCCGAUUCAGCAGGGCACCCUCUAUUAUAUAAAUCAUCCAUGGAUUGUUUAUUAAAAUCAGUGAAGCAGGAAGGUUUCUGGUCACUAUACAAAGGCUUCUUACCUAUAUGGGCAAGAAUGGCCCCAUGGUCAUUAACAUUCUGGAUAUCAUAUGAAGAAAUCAGGAAGUUAUCGGGGACAGCAAGCUUCUAGUACACGAUGAGAGGCUGAGAUGCCUCUUAACUCAAUUUCAGGGUCUUCCUAUACACCGUCCAACUGUAGAGGGCUUGCUUCUCUCCUUCAGUCUCUCAAAUGUUUGCAACAAGUGACCUUAUAGGUUUGUUCAAACGGUGCCAUGACAUUUGCUCUGGCGACAAUUUCUCCGAUGGAAAAUCUGCAUGUUAAGCCAGACAUGAAACCUAACCUCCAAAACUAAAUAAAACCUAAUCCUUAUCUUGACAUGAUUCUUAACCAAAAACCCUAUUACAAUCCUAACUCUAACCUUAUGCCCUCUGAGAUAUUAAACCAGAGCAAAUGUCGCAGGAGCAAACGUCAGGUCACCAUGAAUGAUGUGUAUGACUGAAAUAUCUUACGGAGUGAAAUAUAAAUCACUCGAUUAUGAUAUAUUAUAUGGUGCUUAAUCUCAGUCUAAGCUUAAUGUCUAGAUUUAAAAUCAAUAAUCUUGUUCUGUCUAUUGUUGAUGCCAGCACAUUCAUGACAUUUCAUUUUAAUGUUUUUCUUGAAUGAUUACAAAUAUGUCAUUCAUUAUUUUGUAAUAUAAAUCAAAUGCAUUAAUUAAAAAAAAAAAUUUACAGUGAAAUCAAGUUGUGCAAUCUAAAUAUUAGUACUAUUUUUCUUGUAUUAACAUUUGUUGUCUUUUUUUUUUAUUUGAAACAAUUGUGAAUAAUUAUGUUCCAUAUCUACCAGAUUCCAAGGCUUAUUUUAUGAUAAAGUUUCUAUAGGAAAAUAAGAUUGCAAUAUCAUGGUUCCUUAUCAAGUAUAGUUGAUGAAAUCCAACCCAAAGUAAUAUUUCUAAACCCAUUUUUUUUUAAGUGACAAGGUGUUUUACAUUACAAUUCAGAUCAAUGUAAACUGUGGUUUCCCUUGAAAUCAAAAUGCUAAAAAAAAUUAAGGAGAGAAAAAGAAUCUUUAUCAAAAUGUGCUGUCGGUUCUUAUGCAAACACUAAGGUAAUUUUCAUAUCUUCGUUUAGUCAAAACACCUUGAAAAAAAAGACAUUUAAUGUGAAUUUAAAAACAAUGUAAAAUUGACGAGAUAAAUUUUACAAUUGCGAUUGAUAUAAUUUUUACUUAUCCAGAAUUAAUGUUCAUUGGAUGUAACAAAAUUAUUUUAAAAUUGGAUUUUAAACUUCUAAAUCAUAUUCAAAUUAAUUUUUUUUUAGCCUAGUCCAGGAAAUUGAUUUUCAUACUAGAUAUUAUGAGUAGAGAUUUCAAUGCCUUAUCAUUUUAAGCUUACAUUCUUUGAUAUGAUUUAUUCUAUGUUCAUAAAAUUCAUUGUAGGUCUUAAGUUACGGACAAUCUUAAUAGGCAGAAUAAGGCCUUACCCUUUUAUUUUGCCUGCUUAAUAUUAUGUUUGUGAUAGUUCAUUGAAAAUGUUCCUCUGAUUGCAAACAAUCUACAAGCUUUAUCAGACUUUCAAAGUAGUUGGCAUAGUUGUAAAUGCAACAUUGAAAUUAGAUCAUUGCCAUUACAAUCCACUCUAUUUACUUGGAAGGAAAGUUCCAAACUCUCUUACGAUAACAUCAGUCUACCAAAUGUACAAGGGAGGCUAUCCACAUUUCUUCAGAACUGAACCCCCCCAUGAAUUGGGACAUGCUCUCUCCUGAACUAUCCCAUUCUAACAUUUUGUCGUGUUGCAUCAGUUAAUAUACCAUCUACGAUUAAGGUCUGCAGCCUCACAGGUGGAAGAUUACCAACAAAUGCAAGAUUUCAUGAAUGUGAAAAAAAAGGGUUUGUGAUAGCGUCGUUCUCAUUUCAAAAGAAAGAUAUUGACUGCUACAUACAGGUUGUGUAAUACAACAUUCUAUAGACCAACCUAAUAGUAGCUCCGACUAUGUAAUAUACAAAUAAUGAAUGUUUAUGAAUGCAAUGGACAGAAUACCUCAUGAGGUGAAAGAUGAAAUUAUCCAUUUAACAAGGUGUAGUUGAGUUGAAUGGAUAAUUCAUUUCAUCUUUCAUUGAAUGAGGUCUUUUGUCUAUUGCAAGAAUGAAAAGAACAUUCAUUAUUUGGUGUAUAUGACACCUAAAAAUAGAUUCUUUUUCAUAUGAAAUUUAUCAAUUUCAAUGCAAAAUAUGCUCAUGCAGUGCGAGCUCAUUCUGUUGAUUGUUGCGUACAUACAACUUGCGCGCUGCAAACACGAGUGGUUUUACUUGUGGUGCCUGCAGUCUCGGCAUGCUCAUUGUAAAAUGGGCUGAAUGAUCGAUAUCAAACAACCAAUCAAAUGACAAGGAUCUAUCUAGAUGUCAUGUUACACAGUUAACUUUGCCCAAGUCAAUUAUUUUUGGACCAUAGAAAUAUGUUUGACUUCAGACAAAUUCGACUUGCAGUGGUAUUCAUCUCGGUCGAGUAAUGUAUCUGUAAACGUGUAAUCAAAUUAUUCUGUCUUUGGUCUCUAUACAUGUAAAUGUACUGGUAAAGUAGUCUAUCUUUCAUAUAUCAAAUAUUUACCCACUUUGAGGCAAAUUUUUUGCCCAUAUUAUGUGAAACAAGUCUGUAAAGUCUAAUCCCUCACAAGUCAGUCUUUGGUCCCAUCAGAUUCGACUCUGGCAAAUUUAUCUGUAAUUACACCCAGAAUACUUUACCAUUUACUUGAUACAACUGACUGAAAUAUUGAUAUUUUGGUUUGAUGUUCAUCACCAUUCAUCAUUAUCAUCAGUAGUAGUAGAAUCAAAUUAUCAUAUUAUGUUGUAGUAGUAGCAGAAUUUGCAAAACAAUUGUGUAUAUAAAUUGGUUAUGAUAUUUUAAAAUCAGACAUGUGUGUGACUAAUUGUUAUUUUGUCAAAGAAAAUUGAUUUGAUGCAUAUAAAGAUUUAUAUUACAGGAAUGUAUGGAAAUAAAAGAGUUUAUUACAAAACAAAA